GCAAGUUAGCAAAUUGGCUUUCUCUUCCUUUGAUUUUUCCGCCUUGGUCGCUUUAAAACCACCAGCACCGCCAAACGCACUUUUUAUUCUCUCCAAACUCUUAUUUUUCCCCUUCUCCUUCCGGUUUUGUUUUCAACAAAUGGCGGAAUCACAGAAAAAAUUUGCAGAAAUCAGGGAAUGGAUCAUAGACCACAAGCUUCGUACCGUUGGUUGUUUAUGGCUUAGUGGCAUCUCUGGUUCAAUCGCCUAUAACUGGUCAAAACCUGGUAUGAAGACCAGUGUCAGAAUCAUCCACGCUAGGCUACACGCUCAGGCGCUGACAUUAGCCGCUCUAGCUGGAGCAGCCGCAGUGGAGUACUAUGAUCACAAAACUGGAGCCACUGAUCGCUACCCGAAGUUUCUGAAGCCUGAAAACUUGAAUAAAGACUAGUGCUCUUAAUCAUGGCUGAUGCCUAUUCUGUUAUUGUAGGCAUAUUAUAUAGCUCGUGAAAAUUUUAUGUUUCUGAAAUUGUUAUUUGGAAAGGAUUUAUUAUGGGUUAUAUAAGCCCUACGACUCAGCAGAUUGGUUGCACAAUACGGGAUGCGAAAUUGUAAGAGAUACGUACAGAAUUUAUAUGAAAUAAAUUUUUACUAA